CAUUAGUUAUAAACUUAUUACUUAAUACUUAUUACUAUUUCAUUGUCUUGUACUCUUGUUUUCUCGUUUCUCGGUAGUAGACGUGUUGUUACUUGAGUUUUGCAUGCAUUCCCAACUUAACAUAAAUAAUUACUCGAUAGACGAUUGUAUUAUUGACUUCUGAACCUACUAUUGGCGUAAUCCAUUUUUGAGUAGAAAUGGCUGAAUGUGAAUUACGGCAAAGAAAAAAAGAAGAUGACGGAGAAGUUAAUCUCCAAGAGAAUAAAGAAGAAACAAAAUCUACUGAACAGGAUCAAGUUCAUAUUGAAAACAAACCAGAACCAAUUGAUGAUUGUAUUCAGUCAUGUGUUGUGACAAAUACUAUGCCGCAUUUGGUUAGGCGUUACAGGCCAGUUCAUAAGAUAUAUAAUGCUUAUCAAAAUUUACGGAAAUUAAAAGGUCCUAAACAUUGGUACGCGGGCUCAAAUUAUUUCAGUAACCAAGCCUCAUUCAAUUUCCGAACAAAUAAUUAUCGUAGGUCUAAAAAAGAAGAUUUUGAUUCUGAAGAUGAUAAAAAUAUAGACAUUUCAGCAAAAAUACCAUCGGGUACCAAUAAAAUGCCACAAAUAUUAGAAACAUUAUUAAGUGGAAUAUCAGAAAGGUGGAGAAAUUGGAUAAUUCGAGGUAUAUUUGGCUGGCUUAUGAUUGGCCUUUUUUGUCUCUUAUGUUAUGGAGGACCUCUUGCCUUAAUGAUAGCCGUUUUAGUCGUUCAGGUCAAAUGUUUUGAAGAGAUAAUUAACAUUGGUUAUUCGGUUUAUCGUAUCCAUGGAUUGCCUUGGUUUCGUUCUUUAUCGUGGUAUUUUUUGAUGGCAUCUAAUUAUUUCUUUUAUGGGGAAAGCCUUGUAGACAUAUUUGCUGUAGUAGUUAAUAGAACAGAAUAUUUGAAAAUGCUAAUAACUUAUCACCGGUUCGUUUCAUUCAGUCUAUACAUUGCUGGUCUAGUAUGGUUUGUGUUAUCAUUGGUGCGCAAAUACUACAUGAAACAGUUCUCAUUAUUUGCUUGGACACAUGUGUGCCUCUUGAUUGUUGUAUCUCAAAGUUAUUUUAUUAUUCGAAAUAUAUUUGAAGGGCUUAUAUGGUUCAUUGUACCAGUAUCAAUGAUCAUACUUAAUGAUAUUUGGGCCUAUGUUUUUGGUUUUUUCUUUGGCCGAACACCGCUCAUACAAGUUUCACCAAAAAAGACAUGGGAAGGAUUUAUUGGUGGUGGUGUAGCUACUGUGAUUUGUGGUAUAAUAAUAUCAUAUUUUCUAUGUCAAUAUCCAUACUUUGUAUGCCCAGUUGAGUACAGUGAAAAGUUUGGUAAAAUGAUCAUUGAUUGUGAACCAUCGCCUUUAUAUACCCUACAUGAAUAUGUUCUGCCAGAAUUUAUUGCACGUGCUAUGAGUGUAUUUGGAGGUUCCAACAAAAUCACUAUCUAUCCCUUUGUUAUUCAUGCAUUUUGGAUGUCAUUGUUCAGCUCCAUUAUUGGACCGUUUGGUGGUUUCUUUGCUAGUGGAUUUAAACGAGCAUUUAAAAUUAAAGAUUUUGGAGAUGUGAUUCCAGGACAUGGCGGUAUUAUGGAUCGUUUUGACUGUCAAUAUCUUAUGGCCACAUUUGUUAAUGUUUACAUUUACAGUUUUGUGAGCACUCCUACCUUACAAAAGACUGUUCAACAGGUAAUUAAUUUAAGACCCGAAGAACAGUUACAAUUAUUUUACGUUCUCAAAGGAUCAUUGGAAAACCGGGGAAUUCUCAAUGUGCAAUAAAUAUAAAAAAAAAUCAUAGUCAACCAGCAACCUUCACAUUCCUUCUUUCAAAAUCAAUAUCAACUUAAAAACAAUUGUUUUUGGAAAGUUAUGUUUAAUUUGCCUUAUGUUCUUGAUGUGUACUUAUUAAAACAUUCUUUGGCCUAUUUGAUAUAUUUUAUCAAACAGACUUCUCUGCGUGAAUUGCAGAUACUUUUGUAUAAAAAUCAGUAUGUUAUUUAAUUUGUUUAGUUAUUUUCAAUGUUUUGAUUUUUAAUUGGAUUUAUUGAUUGUUGUAAAACACUGAAUAUCACAUUCUCCAUAAAUCAGUAUAAGUUCAGUAAUAACACUUUCACAUUCCUUUUUAUGAUAUUAUCUACUCCGUCAAUAACUAUAUUAAAAUUAUUUCAAUAGAGCUAUUGAAACAGAGAUAAUGGUAGAAUGUGUAAUCUUCAUGAAACUGUAUAGAUUGAUAGUUAUUUUACAUUUUUAUUUGGUGUUUUAUUGAAUUUUGUUAAUUGUUUUGUGAGGAUGUAAUAAAUGCAUUAUAAUAUAUAAUUUAUGCUAUAAAUAGGGAAGUGUGUGACGGUUAAAUUGUGUUAAUUACAUGUACAUUUUGAAAACAACACAUUGGUUGAAACUAGAAUUUGACUACGUUUUUAAUCCAUAAUAUUAUAAUCAAUUACUUAUUAUCGUUUUCUGUAUAACAUACCUACCUAUAUUAUAUUUUUCUUAGUCGGGAAAUCAUCUGUUAUAUAACAACUAUUAGUAUUGAAUAUUGAUCGAUUUAGUAUAUUAUAAUGUGUGCAUCUAAUUUAUUGUUCUUUAAAUAAUAAAGACGUUUAUUUAUUCCUAAA